ACAUGGAUUCUACAUAUUUCCAAUACCCAAAUUCUCAAUUCUCAUCUGAGUCAUCUUCUUCCUAUGUUUCUCAAUCAACCUCCUUCACUCACUCUCAUAACCAUGCUCUUCCCUUCAACGAAAACGACUCCGAGGAGAUGCUUCUCCUCGGAGUCUUGAACCAAGCUCCAAUGACGAGCUCUUUCGAUACCGAGUCGGUUAAUAAUAACAGCUCUAGAGACGACCAUGAAGUGAACUCGAAAGCGAAUGAAGAAGAGGUUUGUUAUAGAGGAGUGAGGAGAAGGCCAUGGGGGAAAUAUGCAGCUGAAAUAAGGGAUUCUACGAGGAAUGGUGUUAGGGUUUGGCUUGGAACCUUUGAUACAGCCGAGACUGCUGCUUUAGCGUAUGAUCGAGCUGCAUUGGCGAUGAGGGGUUCCAUGGCUGUACUCAAUUUCCCCAUGGAUAAAGUCUACGAAUCGCUUAUAGAAAUGAACUAUAGAUUCGAACAUGGUUGUUCGCCUGUUUUGACGAUGAAGAAAAGGCACUCAUUGAAGAGCAAAAAGGGGAUGGCUACGAUGAUGAAAAAGAUGAAGAAGGUGAGGAAAGAGAAGGAGAUUGUGAAGAUGGAAAAUGUGGUGGUGUUUGAGGAUUUAGGUACGGAUUACUUGGAGGAACUUCUUACCAUUUCCGAGAAUUCUACUUUCUACUGA